AUGGCCGCGUCGCUGGGGGCACCCCCUGUGGGCUACGCGGGCUGGUUCCAUAUACAAGGGACGGGGGGCAUCGUUUCCAGGACGUCGCGACGGGCCUCGACGGCGGGGCCGGAACGUGGAACGCGUCCAGUGAAGCAAGUGAACGCAUCAAUAGACAAAGAGUUGAAGUCUAAACGGCGACAACUAGACUCGUUGCUCUGUCGGCCUAUAUACCCUCGAGGAUUCUCGUUCAAGUACUCGACUCUUAACAAUGAUACCACGGCAUUCCAAGGCAGCGAGGAAAAUGCUCUGCAGGUAAUGAAAAAUGCGUUAGAAUCGGGCCAGCUGAAGAAAGAAAAACGAAAAAGUAAGAACGCGCCGCUACUUCAAUUACAGAAGAAGUUUAAGAAAAAAUAGAUGAUACAAUUUGUAGAUAAUUACUGUUAUUAUAAAAUGUGUAAUAAAUCAUUUUUAAAUGAAAUUUA